AGUCUAUCAUGAGAGUUGGUGGGAAUUCCCGCGUUUUGAUUUUUAAUAUAGCGAUCGAGCUCCUGAGAAGCACAGAUCGACUGGAGUGAUCUCGCUCGACGGGUCUCCAAUCAAGUAUUUUCACACACCUUUUACUGCAGGAGAUCUCUCGAAAUAAUGCCAGUGGCAAGAAUGCGUAUGAGACCUUGGUUGGAAUUACAGAUAGAUUCUAACAAGAUUCCAGGGUUGCGUUGGAUAAAUAAGGACAGGCGGAUAUUCCAAAUUCCAUGGAAACAUGCUGCCCGACAUGGAUGGAACCUGGAAACAGAUGCCUGUCUUUUCAGAAACUGGGCUGUACAUACAGGGAGGUUCAGGCAGGGAAUAGACAAACCAGAACCCAAAACAUGGAAAGCCAAUUUCCGUUGUGCUAUGAACUCUUUGCCUGAUAUAGAAGAGGUGAAGGAUAAAAGUAUUAACAAAGGCUCCAGUGCUAUUCGAGUGUACAGAAUGCUACUUGUAUCAAAACAAAAAGAAAAGAGGAAUCGGUUGUCCAAAGAAGUAAAAAGCAAGAAUAAGAAAAGAACAAAGUCAAAGGUCAAGGAAGAAGUGACAGAACCUGUUGCAAUGACAUUACCAACUGAUCACACCACAUACACUGCACCAGAACAAUAUACUCCACAGGAAAUGGUGGUUGACAGCACAGUGUCGAUAGAAGAAUUUUCUUCAUCAGAAUCCCUUGCAGCACUACAUCAUCUAACUGAAUGGUGUUCAAGUGGCAUAGGAGAGGAAUGUGAAAAUCAGGUUGCCAGCACAAGUGAAAUGUACCAAUUUCAGAUCUCUCCAUUGCCCUCCCCUUCAACAACUAGUUCACCUGACAGCUUCCUGUCUGGAGAUGAAGGUACAGCGGAAUUAAUGCAGGAAGUCAGUUCAUGGGAGCAUAAUACCAUUGAAGGAAGGGGUUACUUCAGCAACGUAAUGGGAACCAUUCCAUUAAGUUCUGUUGGAUCUGACAUCAGGCCGAAUGAGCAAGACACAACCUCAAAUACAAUUUUUCAAGAUGCCAAUUGGUCAGAAACAAUAGGUGACUUUUCAUUCAGGCCUCAGACAGAUUUAAGGCAAGGAAUGGACCUAUUGAAUUUGCUUGAACAUACAAACUGGCCAACUGGAGCUCUCAUCAGCUGCACUUGAAUUAAGACUGUGAUGCACUAGAACAGUGUACAUAGACUAUUACUCUACGACCAUUAUCUUUGCAUUUUGUUACCAGACUUCCUGUUAUACAGCAGUCAAAACUGGGUUUCCAUCUGCUAAUUUUAGAAAUUAUACCGGAUGGACUUUUGAAAGCUUGUGUGGAAUAAUUAAUAAAUAAACUGUUUCUUCGAGCAAUGCAAAGAACAAUCUGUUAUAUGUGGAAGCUAAUUUCAGUGGGAUUCAGAUUGCUCUUUCAUGACUGGGCAAAUCUGUUUGCUGCUGUGUGAAAGCAAAUGCUUAUAAUUACUCAUAGUUACAUCACCUUGAACUUUCUUAUUACAAGGACAUUUUUAACAUGCAAAGAUUUGUGAGAAAGUUGCAAAACAAGAUAUUUCAGGAAACAUUACUGGCAAACAAGCAUCAGGAGUAUUUCCUGUCAAAGAAGGAAAAUAAGUUAAACUUAAUUUUCUUGUUUUACUGUAUAUAGCUAUUAGCAUAAAUGUUCCUCCAUGCUUAAUCUUACAAUUUUCUGAAAUUGUGAAGAAAAUAAUCAGGCUAAAAGGCCAAAUAAAGUAUAGUAUGUUUAUUCAAUAAAACCAAAAUACAUGUUAUUUCUUAACACAAAGUUGCUAACACUGUUUUAUUUGUCAGAAAAGUUUUAGCUAACACUGGAACUGAAUAGCUUUGUACAGUAGUAAUCAUGUUAUACAGGUGAAGGUGCCCCACAAAUUACUAGCAGAUUAUAAAUGGUGAUGCCCAAGUAUGUCGUUUUAGACUUUUUCCCUGAAUCAAUAUCUUCAAAAAGAUUUUUUGGGUGUUUAUAAACAGCAUUACAUUAUAUUUUGUUAAAAUUUUCAUUGUGAAUAUUUUGAAAUUUGUAUAUUAUUAAUUGCUUUUGUCUAUUAAAUAAAUACACUUUUGAUAAGUAAACAUGUUUAUUAUAGAUCACAGGGAAUAAGCUUAUAUUGUUGGAAUGUACAAGGAUACAAGACAAUCUGAAACUUUUCGGAUAUUGAAAGGAAUUAGAUUUUUUUUCUUAUGUUUGAUAAUUAGAGGAUCUAACUUUAAAAUUAGAGCUAGACCAUUCAGAAGGGGAAAUACAAAACACUUCUCACGUAAAAUGGAACAAUUCCUCUAGGCUAGCUCUCGCAAAUAGCAGAAGUUAGUUGAGUUACCAUUUUCAAUGAAAUAUAUUUGUUAACCAAGGGAUUAUUGAAUAUGGAGCUAAUGUGUGUGACUGAAGUUAGGAUACAGAUGGGCUACUUUUUAAAUGAGGAGCCAAGUGGCCUUCCCUUAAUCCAAUGUUCCAAUGAAAUAAAUUGUCCAUAAGUUACUAUUUCUUAUUGUCUUAAUCUGAUUCCUUCAGUAGGCAUGCAUCCACAUUAGUAUUUGAAACUACUGAAUACAUGGAAAUAGCAUGUUUUUUUCUUAUUGAUAAUUAUGCAGUAAUCACUAUUAAAACAAGGGAUGAUUUCUGAGAUUGCACUUCUCUGUGGAAUUAUGUUGAAAACAGAAAUUUGGUUUGCACUUAAACUUUCCACUUCUGAAUCAUGUGUUUGCUUGCCUGAUCUUUAUCAGUACUACCAAAAGCCCAUAAAUACACUGGCUUUUCUCUUACUAAAUUUGUCCUUACGGGUAAGUAAGCAGUUUCUGUUCAAUGCUACCCAUAGUGUGUCACAUAAAUUAGAAGGAAUAACUUUCCAAAUGACAAUGUUGAUUUUAGUGUCCCUCUUUAUGUCUCUGAAAUAUAAUUUGGAAUUUCACUUUACAUAUCCAUCUCUCAUCCAUCUGCCAUUCCACCAUACCAAUUCAGAAUUACCACUGGCUUUUGAAAGAUUAUAAAUGAUAAUUUCCUCAUUUUAUCACUGAGCAAGAUUCUUGAUUAAUGGCAAAUAAACCAAAUUCAAUUUUCACUUUAAUCUGCUGCUUUAGGUAGGUGUGAAAGAGAUCCAGGAAAUGUACAUAUUCAGGGGAUGUACUUCUCUCAUGUCAGUAACGGGAAGGAGAAUUUGCCAGGGGAACUUCAAAUGGUUUUAUCUCAAACAAUGAUUUCAUAUUUCAUUAGUUAGCUGAGAAGUCCAUCUUCAAACACAUUGAGAUUUUAAAUUGUUAUUAGAAAAGUUUAAAUCCAGAGGAGGAGAUACUUUUGUUACAUUUUUCUGAGAUCAUUAUUGUACCGAAUGAGUAGAGAGCUAUGAGUGGCAGAUACUUCUUAAUAUGACUGGCAAUAAUUUAAUGUCAUCAGUUGCCUUGCUACACUUUUACAGGAGUACGAGAAACACUAUUGACAACACUGGAAUAAAAGUGCAGCUUUAAUCUCAUAUAAAAAUAUAGUAUUUGUGAAAAUGUAACUUUAGCCAGCUGGUGAAAUUGGGUGCUAUAGACUGUUAACCAUUCACAAAUGUUUCCUACUGUUUCUCAGUUUAACAGGUAUGCAUAGGUGGCUAACUCAUUUGCCCCAAGUUGCUAAUUGGCAUUUGAUAAUAUAAUUGGUCCAAGUGCAAGUUUUGUUUUAAAACUUAAUUUGAGUUACUUGCUGUCAGAAAGUUUAGGAAACCUUCCAGGUAAGACCUUUCCUCUUUUUGAGCCAGGAGUAGCACAAAAUUUCGGUUCUGAGGUAGCAUGUCUGCCUGAAAUAGGAACUAAUUUGUGUUCUUACCUCUGGACAGCAAUAUUUUGUAUUUGAAUAACAAAAUUAUCAUUUGCACCAUUUUGCUUUUAGUUUAGAAGAUUUGAGAGCUGGUUAGAAACUGCAAUCCACCUGUUUAUUUGUGGACUCUUUGUAUCACAAGUUUUAAGAGCCGUGGUUGACAUUGGUAGUAAGGACAAUGGUGGAAUCUAUGAUGAAGGAUGGGAUAUCAGAACACUUCAAAAAUGAUUGAGGACGGUCAACAUAGACUUUUGAAGGGAAAGUCAUGUUUGUUUAAUCCAUUGCAGUUCUUUGAGGAUGUAUCUAGAUAUGAAAAUAAGGGAGAAUUUGGAUUUUUUGAAGGCUUUCUAUAAGGUUCUAACAGUUAGGUCCACAAGUUAGAGGUCAUGAAAUUGUGGUUUACAUACCAAUGUGGAUUGGGAAUUAUCAACAGAAAACAAAGUGUAGGGACAAACAGGUCAACAGGUUGUGACUUGUGGUGUACCACAGAAAUCAAAGCUUGGGUCCCAACUAUACUGUGUAAUUUUUUUAAAAUAUAAAGAAUUAAAAAUGUUGAUAUUCAAAAGGACCAAGGUCACAUCUCACUGAAAACUUACAUGCCAGUACAGCAGGCAAUUGGGAAGGUAAAUAUUGAAUUGGCCUUUAUUGCAAAAGGAUUUCAUUACAAGCAUAAAGAUGCCUUGCUCUAAGUAAUUGGAGCAAUUGAUGUGACUGCUUCUCAUGUGAAGUUUACCUAGAAUAAUAAUGGUAUUAAGAGUUGAAUCAUUGUAUUCUCCAAAUACAACUAACACCCCAAAUAUACCAGAGAUCUAAAUUUACCACAGAAAAAUCAAAAAAUACAUAUUCAUUGUUUCUUUUUCCCAUGAUUAUUAUAUUGAAACACAUCCUAAGUUAUUACAUGCUUAUAGAGUGUUCUGCACUUACAACUUCCUGGUUUCUAAGUGCAGUUAUUGCUUGCAUGGCAAAAUUAAAUUCAGAAAUGAACAUUAAACCAUGGAAAUUUGGGAACUAGCGUGGUUAUGAAGUAUAGUAGUUAAAUUUUUUAAAAAAGUAUUAAUACUUAAUGUUGUGAUCAGAGCAUUUGCAAUUAGUGCACUAAUC